GUACUGUGCCUUUAAGAAGAGAGCUCGGUCAGCUCACAAUUCUCUGGUUCUCCACCUUCCUCCCUUCCGUUGAGCUUCAAGGGAUAUCAACUGGGCCCGAGAUAGGCUACUGAUAAGCAAUAUUCAGCAUUCAAGACAUGGAAAGCACAGCAUCAUCAGCAAUAUGACAUCAGGCAGCAGUGUGGAUAGGUGAUCAUGGAUGAGUUAGUCGAUCAGGAGAAGAAUGGAUCCAGUUUGAGCAUCUUGACUGAUAAGACCCUGUCCAGUUGCUGAGUGUGAUCCUGUAACCAUGGCGACCUGUGGGCGUGGCUGUGUCCCUGCAGUGCGUUUCUGCCAGAGGCUGAACCGACUGAAGACCCUGGAUGAUGACUUGAUGGUGACGUCAAUGAAGCGUUGCCUGACUAUGGUGGACCUAGCCCUGCUGGGUGUUGGUGGCAUGGUGGGCUCUGGCCUAUAUGUCCUGACUGGCACUGUUGCCAAGGACACCGCUGGACCUGCCGUGGUCCUCUCCUUCCUCAUAGCAGGCAUCGCCUCCCUGAUGGCUGCCCUCUGCUAUGCAGAGUUCGGAGCUCGUGUUCCCAGAACGGGCUCAGCCUACAUGUUCACCUAUGUUUCUUGUGGAGAGAUCUGGGCCUUUCUCAUUGGCUGGAACGUAGUGUUGGAGUACAUGAUUGGUGGAGCCGCAGUGGCGCGGGCAUGGAGUGGUUACCUGGACUCCAUGUUUAACCACACCAUCCAGAACUACACAGAGAACCACAUAAUGAAGUGGAAUGUUCCCUAUAUAGCCCACUACCCUGACCUGCUGGCUGCCGGGAUUCUAGUUGUUGCCACUGUCUUCAUAACCUUCGGAGUGCGAGUCUCCUCUUGGCUCAACCACAUCUUCUCAGCCGUUAGUCUAGUUGUCAUACUCUUCAUCUUGGUGUUUGGCUUCGUGCUAGCCGACCCAGUCAACUGGAGCCAGAAGGAAGGAGGUUUUGCACCGUUUGGUGUCAAUGGGGUAAUGGCGGGCACAGCCACCUGCUUUUACGCAUUUGUUGGCUUCGAUGUGAUUGCAGCCUCCAGCGAGGAGGCAAAGAACCCCCAGCGAGCCAUUCCCAUGGCCACAGCCAUUUCGCUGGGCAUGGCCGCCACAGCCUAUAUCCUGGUCUCCACAGUCCUCACUCUCAUGGUGCCUUGGCACUCGCUCGACCCAAACUCAGCCCUGUCUGACGCCUUCUUCCGCCGAGGCUACAGCUGGGCUGGCUACAUUGUGGCAGUAGGGUCCAUCUGUGCCAUGAACACAGUGCUACUCAGCAACCUCUUCUCUCUCCCUCGGAUUGUUUACGCUAUGGCGGAAGAUGGCCUCUUCUUCUCCUUCUUCGCCAAGGUCAACCCUGUCACCAAGGUCCCUGUUAAUGCCAUCUUGGUGUUUGGCCUCCUCAUGGCCGUCAUGGCCCUCAUCUUUGACCUGGAGGCCCUGGUCCAGUUCCUGUCCAUCGGCACCCUCCUGGCCUACACCUUUGUGGCAGCCAGUGUCAUCGUGCUGCGCUUCCAGCCUGAGAAAGAGAAGACCAGUUCCAAGGCUAACUCCACUACCUCCCCCAACUCUAACCCUGAGCCCUCGCCCGAAGUCUCAGAGUCUCAGAUCAUAGCUCAGGACAGUGGGGAGCUGAAGGAGUAUGAGUCCUUCUCAGACAAGCUGCAGCUGGUGGAGAUGCAGAAGACCAGGGAACGGAGUGCCCCAGGGGUGUUGAAGGCCCGCUGGGAGCCUUACCUGGGCAGGUUGCUUGGGGACUUUGAGCCAGGGGAAGUGGUGGCCUUUUCUGUGCUGGCGGUGAUGGUGAGCUCAGUGUCCCUCUGUGCCGUGUUUGUGUUUGGGAGUAACCAGCUUCAGCUGCCUAUGUGGAGCAUCGCCCUGCUAAUAGUGGUGUUUGGCUCAACCUUCCUUCUCUGCCUGGUCAUCAUAUAUGCCCAUGAACCUCAUGUCAACACCAAAACCUUCCAGGUACCCUUGGUCCCAUUCAUUCCCGCUGCAAGCAUCCUCAUGAAUGUGUUCCUAAUGCUGAAGCUCAGCCCCAUGACCUGGAUCCGCUUUACUGUAUGGGUGGCUGCAGGUCUGCUCGUGUAUUUUGGCUAUGGGAUCUGGCACAGUAAGGAGGGCCUGAGGGAGCUGCAGCCCAAGGAUAUGGCAGCCAGGUAUGUGGUGCUCCCCAGUGGCAGCCUGGUAGAGACAGUCCAGUCUGUGCAGCCAAAUGGACAGCAUGACGCCAGCACCCUCCACACCACUCCCUCCCGGUCUGCUGAGGAGCAGCAGGCAGAGAGAUGAUGUGUAAGAAGGGAGCCAUUCUUAUUCAAGUGGGCCAUUAUCAUCUAUCUGCUCCUGCUCAUAUACUUUUACUGCUUUCGUUACCUCACUCUUCUCUUCUCACCCCUCCCUCAUGUGACUGGCCUCAUACAUUUGGUGUGUAACCCCACAAGGCUCUGUUUCUCUGCAUUAGUAAACACACAUCACAGGAUGGGACUCACUCUCAUUAUGAAACAUAUUUAUAGCUGUUAAUAUGGGAACAUACCUUUUUAUAGCUAUCCAGCAUUGUUUACUAUAUUAUUUAUUUCAAUAAACCAGCACAGGUGUUUUUUUAUUGUUA